CGGCGGCGCCGGAGCCCGGGCCGGUGAAGGCAAGGUCCCUGGACUGGUCAGACGUCCCCUUGUAGCCCUGGUAGAAUCAAGAUGAGGCCCCAUCUUUCCCCCUCAGUGAGGCCUGUAGCCUGAGCAGAUGGCAUGGCCUGCCACUGGAGGUGAAUACCAUGGCCACAGGAGGUAGCCGGGCCUUUGCUUGGCAGGUGUUCCCACCCAUGCCCACCUGCCGGGUGUAUGGCACAGUGGCAUACCAGGAUGGUCACCUGUUAGUACUGGGGGGCUGUGGCCAGGCUGGACUACCCCUGGACACUGCUGAGACACUGGACAUGGCCUCACAUACAUGGCUGGCACUGGCACCCCUGCCCACUCCCCGGGCUGGCGCGGCUGCUGUGGUGCUGGGCAAGCAGGUGCUAGUGAUGGGCGGUGUGGAUGAGGGCCAGAGCCCAGUAGCUGCUGUGGAGGCCUUCCUGGCUGAUGAGGGCCGCUGGGAACGUCGGGCCACACUCCCUCAGGCAGCCAUGGGGGUUGCGACUGUGGAGAGAGAUGGUAUGGUGUAUGCUCUGGGGGGAAUGGGCCCCGAUACAGCCCCCCAGGCCCAGGUUCGGGUGUAUGAGCCCCGUGGGGAUUGCUGGCUUUCACUACCUUCCAUGCCCACACCCUGCUAUGGAGCAUCUACCUUCCUGCAUGGGAACAAGAUCUAUGUCCUGGGUGCCCCAAUUCCCUUGGCAGGGGGCCGCCAGGGCAAGCUCCCAGUGACUGCUUUUGAGGCCUUUGAUCUGGAGGCCCGUACCUGGACCCGGCACCCAAGCCUGCCCAGCCGCCGGGCCUUUGCAGGCUGCGCCAUGGCCGAAGGCAGCGUCUUUAGCCUGGGUGGCCUGCAGCAGCCCGGGCCCCACAAUUUCUACUCCCGCCCACACUUUGUCAACACUGUGGAGAUGUUCGACCUGGAGCAUGGGUCCUGGACCAAGAUGCCCCGCAGCCUGCGCAUGAGGGAUAAGAGGGCCGACUUUGUGGUUGACUCCCUUGGGAACCACAUCGUGGCCAUUGGCGGCCUUGGAAACCAGCCGUGCCCUCUGGGCUCUGUGGAAGGCUUCAGCCUUGCACGGCGGCGCUGGGAGGCACUGCCUGCCAUGCCCACGGCCCGCUGCUCCUGUUCUAGUCUGCAAGCUGGGCACCGGCUGUUUGUCAUCGGGGGUGUGGCCCAGGGUCCCAGCCAAGCUGUGGAGGCACUGUGUCUGCGUGAUGGGGUCUGAAUGCCUGGUGCGGCUUGUCUACUGGAGCAGCUCAGUGCCAGAGGCAAAUGUCCGUGGCUCCUUUUGCUGCUGAGGAAGCUUGCUGUGGCCCUGGGGGCUGAAGGAGGCACAGGGGUGGGCACUUUAGAUACUGCCUUGGGGACUUGGGGGGGCCUUCGUCUUUAGCGCAGGACACACAUACACUUACACCCACCCUUACCCACAUUCAUUCAUGGACCAUGCCUAGCUCCCCUCUUGCUCUGGAACUUACUGGGUCCUCUGGCCAACUGGGAAGUAGGAGGAGGGAGAGCUAGCCUCAUGCCCCACAGGGUCGGUGCCUACCUGGAAUUGACCAGGCCCACCCCAAUGUCUGUUCCUGAAAAAACCUAACUUCUAGCCUGCCUUGAGGUCCCCGUGGACCCAGGAGGGUUCAGAGAGGGUAGGGGACAGAGAGGGAAUGGAGGAGUGGAUGCAGGACCCUCCAGAGGGCCAGAGGAAUGUAGGCCUUGGGCCCUUUACGCUGCUGGCUGUGUGACCUUGAGCAAGUCAUUUCACCUCUCUGUGCCUCAGCGUCCUCAUCUGUAAAUGGGGAUCUCUGAAAACUUCCUGCCCUACCUACCUCACAGGGCUGUUGUGAGGACCCAGGGAGUUCAGAAGUGGAAGUAAAAGUGCUGCUAAAAUCUA